UUCAGUUUCUGGUGAAUGAACUGCCUGCACCGGAGAGGUUCAAGCACUGUACACUUGCGGGGCUCUGGUUUGGGAAGGGCCAUCCUAACAUGGCCCUGUUUUUGGAACAGUUUGUUGAUGGACUCAACUCCAUGGAUCCUGUGGUGUGGGAGCAUGACGGGCUGAGUCAUGCCUCUCGGGCGUACAUCCUGUGCUGGUGCCUGGACGCCCCCGCAAGAGCAGCUGUGCAGAACUGCACUCUGUUUAACGGGUACAUCGGGUGCCCGUGGUGCCUAACAAGAGGGGAGCACCUGGAUGGAAGCAUGCGGUACACCAACCUGCAAGACACGACCCCCCGGACAUCUGCAGGUGUCCUUAGGGACAUGAAAUUGGCCCUCAGCUUGGGCGGUACCUUUCCCGUCAAUGGGUACUUUGGCCCAUCACCAGCUGUGAACCUCCCACAUUUCAACCUUGUUUGGGGGUUCACAGUUGAAUACAUGCACGCCGUGCUGUUGGGGGUGGUCAGACAGAUCACAGAACUGCUCCUCAGCUCCUCCAACUCUCAAGAGCGGUACUAUGUCGGUAAGUUUAGAAACAAAUUUGGGCUGCAUUUGGGCUACAACGUUACAUUAGACAUUUAUAGGCAAAUGCCUAAACUUGUCACUUGA